AUGGCCUCUUCACUGCUGCUUCUUGCCUGGCUCCUCUCAGGUCUUUGGCUCUGCGCUGGCGGUUUCAGAAGCUGGGUCAUCGGGGGCCGAGAAGCCAAGCCUCACGCGUGGCCCUUUAUGGCUUCCAUCCAGCUGAACGGGGAGCAUGUCUGCGGCGGGUUCCUCGUACGGCGCCGGUGGGUGAUGACCGCCGCUCACUGCCUUAUUCCCAGGCAAUCCGACUUUGCCCGCAUCGUACUUGGCGCCCACUCGCUGAAGACUCACGAGGCCUCGCAGCAGAUCUUUGGCAUCCGCGAGUCUAUCGCUCAUCCGGACUACGAACCCAAAACCGUGAAAAACGACAUCCGGAUGCUCAAACUGAACAGGUCCGUCGUUUUCAACCGGUUCGUCAAACGCAUCCUGCUCCCCCUUCCGGAGACGGACCUCCAACCUGCAUCCACCUGUUGGGUGACCGGCUGGGGGGAUGUUUCCAAUUUCAGAACCAUCCCUACCAGACUGAUGGAAGCCAACACGACGGUUGUCGAGAGGGGAGUGUGCAACGCCUCGUGGACCGGGCACGUCUUCGACUGUAUGAUCUGUGCAGCCAACAGGGACACGGCCCUGCGUGGAUUCUGCUCUGGCGAUUCAGGUGGACCCCUUAUUUGUGGCAACAGAGUACAAGGGAUUGUCUCCUUCAACGGAAAGAGAUGUGGCGAUCGGCGUUUUCCGGACGUCUACACCCGGAUCUCAAAAUACAUCAACUGGGUCAAUGAAGUGAUACAUAUAUUUUGA